AUGAACCUGACAGAGUUUAAUCAGUCUGAUGGCUGUGAUCAUUUCUCCUGUCCAGAGAGAUCUGUAUCUCCUGCAGUUUAUAUCUUACUGUACGUGUGUUCAGCUGCUGUGGUUUUCCUAACAAUGUGUGGAAAUCUGCUCAUCAUCAUCUCUGUUCUUCACUUCAAGCAGCUUCACACACCAACAAACAUGCUACUGCUCUCUCUGGCUGUGUCGGAUUUCCUUGUCGGUGCUUUAGUGAUGCCGCCGGUGUUAAUCUGGAUGAUCGAGUUAUGCUGGAUUUUUGGGAGAGAUUUCUGCAUCAGUUUUUGGUUCAUUGAUGGUUUCCUUACAAUCAUAUCAAUCUAUACUAUCACUCUAAUUGCUGUGGAUCGAUAUUUGGCUCUCUCAAAUCCCUUUCUCUACUCUUCUAGAGUCUCUGUGAGGAUCACUGCUGUUGUAAUAGUUUUUGACUGGUGUCUGGUGGUGGCCUAUAACUUAACAUUCAUCUAUUUCAGUGGAAACUUCACAGGUUCUGUAAUGUGUCCUGGAGAAUGUUUAUUCAUUGUGAAUGAGGUUUGGUCUGUAAUUGAUCUUGUGGUAUUGUUUAUAUUUCCACUUUCUGUCAUAAUCAUAUUGUAUACUCUAGUUUUUGUGAUUGCUAAGAAACAUGCCACUGCUAUCAGAGAGCUUAAUAAUCACACACGGCGUAAAACACAGAAAAUCACCUCAUACUCCAUUAAAUCUGAGAGAAAAGCAGCUAAAGUCCUCGGUAUUUUAGUGUCUGUGUUUCUGGUGUGUUUACUUCCAUAUUUUAUUUACAGUUUAUUAGGUGAUGUUAUUGAAAUACAGACAGAAACAUUUCAGAAACUUAUGAUCAUACUUUACUUUAAUUCCACCAUUAAUCCAGUUAUUUAUGCUCUGUUUUAUCCGUGGUUCAGGAGGUGUGUUAAAUUAACAGUAACUCUACAAAUAUUCCAGACAGACUCUGCAUUAAUCAAUGUUCUUUCAUGA